ACGUCAACCUAAACCCCAUUAUACUUGGACUAAUAAGACGGCAGAGGAACUCAUCAUUUACAAAAAAUAGACUGAACUGUCACUACAAUAAGUAAUACGUUAAAAAAAUGCACAUGAAUUUAAAGUAAAACCAUCGUCGUAAAAAUGGCAUAUCAGAUGGACGACUCAUUGAUUUCAUACUUGUUAUCUCGAAGGUUACGUCAUCGAUGUUGACCCAGUUCAGAAAAUGGUUACAUUUUUUUUGACAUGAGGCAACCUCAAUGACGAAUGCGGCCGACAUAAGUGACCUCCGGAGGGCGCAGCCACACAGAAGUUGCUCUUUAUCUCAACAAAAGUUGAAGUAGCCUGCUGAAAUAGGGUGCUAUUCCCCAGAGCGACACCCUGCCGAAAACAUUACCUGAAACACUAAAUAACAACAGUAAUAUAGGUAUAUAUAUACUGAUAUGGCUUGCGAAGCCUCGCUGGAUGACCAGAUUGGAGAAGCACUCUUAAUCGGGGUGGUAAGACACAAGGUGAUGAGCGCAGCAGCCAAAGUGCAUUCAGCCCCACCAGCCCUUCCUGAAGCUCGACCAAUAAGCAACUGCCAGGACCAAAAGCUUGUUGAACAGUUGGCGGAGACCAUCAGAGUGAUUGGUGAUAGGCUCGAUCAGGAUAAAUCAUUCAAUGACAUGAUUGAUGGCUUAGUAAAAGUGGCUGAUAAAAGAAGUUUCUGGGAACUUGUGGAAAAGGUUUUCACAGAUGGCCAGAUCAACUGGGGGAGAAUUAUAGUGCUCUUCUAUUCAGUUGGAAAACUGUCUGCAAAGAUGGUCCUUGCAUGCUUACCCACAAUUGUUUCAGAUAUUUUGAUCUUAAGUCUGGAUUACUUCAGGAGGAAUCUGUUGGAAUGGAUUUGCAAAAUGGGAGGAUGGAUGCACAGUAUCCCUGCGCUGGCCUGUUUCUCCUUUGAGCAAUUUUCCAGUUCUUCACUUAGUAAAUAUUCUUCCUAUUUCGGAGCCACAUUGGCCUUCACUGGUGGCCUACUGCUAGGUGGCUUCAUCGUCUUGAAAUUUCCAAGAAAAAGCUAAGAAAAAGAAAAUGAAGAUGCUGCAACAGUAGUGUCCAUAACACUGAACUUGAGAGAAACCAUGUAGCUUAUAUCUGUAUUUUGUAAUUUGCCCCUUUUUUUAUUUGAAUAUGCCACAAUUGAGCCUAAGCUUUUUAUUGGUAAUUGUCAUAUGACACACAUUAGUAGUUUUGUAGAAUCUGGCUUGUCCUCUUCCUUGUACAUUUAAGUAUUGUGCAUUGAAUGUGAUUAAAGUCCCCAUUCUUUCUGAAAAUGUAUGUUUGUUUGUUUUGUUUUAAAUAUAUAAAACAAACCAAAAAUAGUAAUACAUAGGCCUAUGUACAGAGAGAGACAUUUUAUUCUGAGCUACAUUAUAGUUUGAGGAUGGCUGCUAAAUAUAGAUUUGGUUUGGGUGGAGACGUGAAAGGAAAUUAAGCAAACAGUCACGUAAAACUUUUUUUGGGUUUUCGUUUCGCUUUUAUUUUCAUUUAGCCUAGUGCAACGCUAGCUGUGAAGAUGCGGAACUGACAACAAUUGUUGAACAAUAUCUGAUUUAGACAGCGAGAUUUAGUCUACUAAACCAGUUUGAGGUUUGCGAAAUGUUUAUACAUUGACGUAAAGGUAUAGGUCACACGUAGAGACAGUUUCACUGUGGUUUGUGAAGUGGCCAUCAAAUCCUAUCGUCGGACCAAGGAGGAAGAUCAUGGCAUCAGAUUACCAGUUUUCAACGAAUCUUAUUCUAAGAUCAGUGAAGGACCAGGUACAGAGGGUGGGAACAUGCGCACCGUCUCUUCCUGAGUCGCAGCCAAUGAGUGAUGAGCGGGAGCAGCUCCUGGAACAGAUGGCUAGCCUCAUCAGAGACAUCGGCGACAGUCUCGAUCGAGAGCCAAAAUUUAACGACAUGGUUGAUGGUUUAGCACGUGUGGUGAAUAGACAGAACUUCCAGAACCUUGUAGACAAAGUUUUUGUUGAUGGCAUCACCUGGGGGAAAAUUGUCACUCUGAUCUGUGUUGUUGGGAAAUCCAUUGCAAAGAUUCUUGCUGAUUUUGUCUCAGGCGUUGUAUCUUGGACACUGGAUUACUUCAGGGAUAACCUUCUGAACUGGAUCUGCAAUAGAGGAGGAUGGAUCAACAGUAUUUCUUCUUUGGCUCAUUACUCGUUUGAGCGAGAUUUUGGUUCCUCAUCAAGCCUGAUCUCCCUCUCCUCUGGAGUCCUCUUCAUCAGUGGAGUGCUGCUGGGUGGCCUCAUUGUCUGGAGACUGAACAGAUGUGCCUGAGGAGGGUCAGUGAAGGACUGAUGAAGUGAGAAAAGGGGGAAUGCUGGGAUUUACAUAUGCAACGGACCAAAAAUAAUGAUGAUCUUAGCAAGUAAGAGAAGGCUGAUUGGCAAUACAAUGCACAGUAAUAAAGUGUAAAAUAUUAUAAUGUAUAGUGUAAAUCAGACAGGAAUUACAGACUGUGAUUUUUAUUUUAUUUUUUUGCCUGUCUCAGUCCAUGUGAGUGAGGAGGGAUAGAAUAAAUCCAGAAUGGGAAGUAAAGCAAUAACUAGCAAGACUUGAACUGUUAUAGGUGCUGUGCCAAGACAACUGUUCACUUUAAUGUCUAUGUCUACUGUUAUUAACCUCUACCUCGUCUAUAAAAUGUAUAAAUAACUUUUAAAUUACUAUGUACUAUAAAUAUAAUGUACAAAAAUGUUAUUUUUACAUUUGAAAUGUAAUUUUCAACUUUUCCAAGUGCUAAAGGCCUGCAUUAAAUAAAGUCCUUCCCACAAACCCAUGAAGGUACAUGUAAAGGAAAAUCAUUAUUAAAAAUCUUUAUGAAAAAUUA